AAGGUUGCUAGUUUGAGCCCACUAGAUAACACGGUGAACAAAAAUAAUCCUGUAUUCUUGAGUAAAGCACUUAGCCCUGUGUCAGCCUUUUUAAGAGAUAUUCCCCGGAUAUUCCCCGGACAUAUGAUUGACUACACACUCCAGUACAGUAGAUGGCGGCCUGCAGCUCUAACCUUUGUUUGGGUACCGCCAGUAUAACACAGAAAUAGAUAGUGUCUGUAGUCAACAUAAGUACGUUAAAGGUGAGGUGAACUGGACUGGACCAUUGACAAUGUCAUUGAAACCAAAACUUGCCUUUCACUCGCAGUUUAACAAAUGUAUUUUAAAUUAUGGGUUUUGGACAAGUAGGCGAGAACAGAUAAUACGUUGGCAUAGAGCUCGUUUCACUACUAUUGCGCUGCUACCAAACAUUUCUUCGUUGAAGACAACUUCGACAGGGAGAAUCAUAUCGCGCUGUCAACAAUACCACACUGAUGUUGGCUCUUGCAACCUUGACACACUAAGGAGAAUAAGACUGUUUACAGGAGUCAAUGCCAAUUGGGGGUUUAAGCGAGACACUUUAUGUGUCAGAGAGCUUAGCAGCAGCACCUCCAUAAAUCAGUAUGAAUUGAAUACAGAUAUGACCAAGUCUGGAAACCGGAAGAUGUAUUUUGAUACCCAUGCGUUGGUUCGAAUUCUUGAAGAAAACGGUUUUACCACUCAGCAAUCUGAGGUGGUUGUCGGGGUGAUGGUCCGGACAACAAACUCCAACAUGGAUCUAAUCUACAAUGACAUGGUAACCAAAGUGCAGCAGGAGAUCAUGUUGCAGAGGGUGUUUUCCCAAAUUGCGUCAUUGAAAAAGGACAUGAUUAUCCUUGAAAAAAGUGAGUUCUCUCUCUUGCUGGCAGAGAAUGAGAAAAUCAAGGUAGAGCUUUUGCAGCUGAAGGUGGAACUGGCUGAUGUGAUGAAUAAAGUGCGCUUUGACAAUAUCUUGGAUAUGAAUUUUGAGAAAAGCAGAGUGAAAGAAAUGAAAGUUGAACAUGACAAGAGACUUUUGGAAAAUCGGACAGAGAUCAUGGAAAUGAAUGCUGAGCAAGAUCGUCAUUUAACUCAAAACAAUAUGAAAAUCGACACUGAAGUGGCAGGACUGAAAACCAUGUUGGAAUCUCACAAACUUGACAGUAUCAAAUACCUAGCAGGUUCAGUCUUCACUUGUCUCACUGUGGUUCUUGGGUUCUACCGCAUCUGGAUGUGACACCGAUGAGUGCAAGAUGAGUUACCUUUGAUGUUUAUUGACAGGGAGUUCGUUUUCCAUAGACCACUACCCAACUGGGCAGGCAUUUCACGGAGGACCAAUAUUGUAUGGUUUUAAAGACAAAUCCAAGAUGAAGCAAAAAGUUGUCUUUUACACACACAUGAGACUCGAGGUCCCAUCCCAACCAGAGAGCAAACGGCCAGUGAGAUGUCUAGGGUGUCAACUACUUCACUCCCGUAACUGACUCCUCCAAAACUCUGGAUGAGCCCCCAACUCAACGUCUUUUCCAAUUCCUGUGGAUGCCAAGUGAAUUUCUCGCCGCUAUGCCCUCCAUCCAUGCUUUUUCCCUCUUGUAGAGUCUGUAUGGUUGGAGUCUGUCAUUGACCAUAGUUCACAUCAGGUGUUCAUUUAAACGAGGCCCAAUCUCCCACACGUGUUAGUCUGUAAAUCAACCAUUCCCCCCAAACAUGCUUAUUUUAUUUCAGGAGAACUCUAUUUUUGUACAUUGUUUCUGCUAUCAUUUCAUAUGACCUAGAAAGGUCAACUCUGGUCACAUGAUCAAAUCAUUGAAACUGCCAAACUUCCAAAAACGCACAGUUAAAAAAAAUAAAGUAUUCUACAAUA